AUGGCUCCGAUCAAGCGACGGACUUUCACUGGCUGUGACACCUGUCGAAAUCGCAAGGUCAAGUGCGACGGCCGGCGGCCGCAGUGUCUGCGCUGCGAAAAGGCCAACGUCGAGUGUCUUGGCUACGGGAUCCGUCUUCGCUUUUACGAGUAUCUUAUCGCUGGUCCGAGAGGUCUCGAGGUGAGUGGGGGCGGUCCGGUUGUCCAACAUCAGCGCAGACAUGUUCCCUUCAUGAGAUUUCGCAACGGCUAUUUAUUUCCAGAAGACAUGGACUCUGAUUUGGACAAGAUUGACAGCAGCGAGGAGCGAUUUAUUGGGCCCUUUGGGGUGUUCCGCUUGAAUAAAGAAGAGAAGGUCGAGCGGACAGCUUUUGCUGCGGCGCCGUCGUCGUUUGUUGCGCCGUCCUUCGAAACGAUAAUUCCUCGGGAAUUGUGGCUGCACCCGCGGUUGCAAGUGGAUGCCCUGUUGACGUACCGGACAAUGAUAGGAGACGCUAUGGUCAACACCAACGACUGGGAGACGGUAAAGCGGGAGGUUUUUGCUGAGUAUUACGGCAGCACGCCGCGCAACAGGCUUGUGGACCGGAUCAUGCUGGGUGACUCCGAGAACGAGGCCAUAACAGAGAGAUUUCUGAAAAAAUUAGUGCUGGAGCUGGGUGCCCAGAGCACGGGCGAUCUAUUUCUUGAUUUUCUCGAGCACCCCAAGACACGCGGCUGGAUCCAGCAGUUUUCGCGCCAGUGUACUAGUCUGGUAUUUGUGGCGUACAAAGACGGCAUUUUGGACAAGCUGGUGGUGCCGACUCUGCUUCGAGACGUUGGCGAGCUGGUGGUGCAAAAGGCCCGGGAAUCAGAACAUGGCAGUUUAUUCAAGCUGCUGAAACAGACGUUCGUGCUGGAGUCGCUCGCAAUUUCGACGCUGGGCAGGUACCAGGCGCUAUUUGACGUUUCCGGAGAACACGAGAGCUCGAUGUCUCUGCUGCGCGCGUUCAUUUUUUUGCGCGAGGCCAGUCUGGCCAACCUGAGCCGUGUGCUGAGUGCGCUGGUGAGUGUGAAGUGCGAGCGGCCGGAGGUGACGAACCACGAGCUGCUGGACGCGAUGCUGCAGAACGGCCUCAUUGACCAGCUACUGAUGGUGAUUUUGAUGGCCAUCAAAGUGGACGAGUCCAUGAGCAUUUUCCACAACUACAAGUUUUUGCACGGUGUUGCGGGCGGCAUCGGCAAGUUUCUCGAGACGCGCGAGCCGGCGAGCAGUGCCAGAGACCUUCUUCUGUGGCUGCGGUACCUCAACAUGUUUUUCAAGUCGACCUCGAUCAUCGAUAUUGAGAAUUACCAUUUAGAGGAGGAAAAAGUGGACCUCAAGGAGGUGGUUCUGCCGGCAGAGGACCCGACAAAAAUUGAAAUCAAGCAGCUGGUGGUGGAGGAGAGCUGGGAGAACGUUCAACUCAGCAACGUGCCGCGCAAGCUGGCUCUACGCCCGCCAGUCGAGGAUAAACCUCCGCGAAAAUACGUGGUACAAUUCACCUACGGCCAGGAGCUGGAGUCGGAGGACGAUGAGGAGGACGACAACGAGGACGAAGGCGAGCCGAUUCGGUUCAAAUUCCCUAUCACAGACCUCCCCUUCUCUCCUAUCGAGCUCAGUUUCGGAAUCCCCCGCAGUCUGCUCGAGCUGAUGGAGCGCACAGUCGAGCUGUCCGACCACAGAAAUUAUAUUCUGCGGAAAAAAGUGUAUCCACGCAAUUUCCCGAAACAGUGCUGCGACCUGGAAGAGGACCUGCGCAACUGGAAGCUUCCCUGGGUGCUGUACGAGCAGCGUGACAGCGUGCUGUAUUUUUACAGCCCCGUGCACGAGAGCGUGUACCAUCUAUCGGUGUGCUUUUACUACACCACGCUCAUGUUUUUCUACCGCAUAAUUAAAGAGUCGCACCCCAGCCAGCUGCAGCGCCACGUGGCGUCCACUCUGUACCAUUUGGAGGCCCUGUGGAACCUGAAGCUGAGGGUGCGUCGAACGGCCGAUUUGCGAGUGAACCUGCCGUUUUGGUGCUUUUUCCUGUCUGGCUCCGACGCUCUGGACGAGGAGCUCCAGACCCGCUACGACAUUCUUGGCCGCACCGCGUUCGACGCGGGCGACCGCUGGAUCGGCAAACAGGCGCUGUUUGAGAUUUGGCGCGGUCGCAACAGCGCCGAUGACGAGCUACGUGUCGCUUCGUGGCUCGAUCUGGUGAAAUACUGGCAAAUCGGUGGAUACUUGUAA